AUGAAUUCUGAGUCAGAUAGAAAACCAUUGGUGAUUCCAGAUGGGAAUAUUCUCGAUCGACCUCAGUCAUUAACAUGGCGAUUCUUUCAUGGUACUCAUUAUAUGCUCGGUGGUCUUUUUUUCAUAUGCGGUUCAUGUAUGUAUUUUCCAACGGCAAUCCAUAAUCCAAACUUCAGAUCUCUAAAUGUUGGUGGAUGGCUUUUCACAACUGGCUCAUUCUUUUUCUUGCUAGCUGAUUUGCAAGAAUGGUAUUAUUAUCGCAUUGGAUGUUGCUUUGAUAAAAAAUAUCGAUCGACCUAUGAAACAGUUAAUGCUGAUUUAUUCCAGCAUCCAAAGAACUCAAUCAGAGGAGUCUAUGAACGAGCUGUAAUUGGGAUAAAUUUCUUCAUGUCUGCUUGCGGUAGUGCCUUGUAUCUGGCUGGAUCGAUACUUUUUAUAGAAGUAUUUAGCAAAUACUUGGUAGUAGGAGAAUGGCUAUUUAUCAUCGGAUCUGCUGUUAUCUAUAUCUCUCAAGGAUGGAAACUAUAUCGUUCUGGAUGUACAAAUAUCAAUAAUCGUCAUGAUCAAAAAUUUACUAUCAGCAAUUUGCUGAAUGAUAAACCAGCAUUAGGCGUCGACUUUUUCGCUGGUGCCGGAGGGAUCUUUUAUUUUAUCGGUACAAUAUUAUUCCUACCACAAUUUAAUAAAACAGACUCGGAUGAAGGAUUAUCAGCUAUUAUCUUUGUUAUUGGUGGUACAUGUUUUACUCUCAGUGGAUUAUUUUUACAAUAUAGACACUAUUUUACUAAACAUCUAUAG